AUGGAAAGGGCCUUGAGACAAGGCAACCCCCUAUCUCCUUUUCUGUUUGUCCUGGUUGUAGAUGUUCUGCAUAGAAUGGUUGGAGAGGCAGUCAAAAACGGGCGCAUCCCACCAUUGCUGGUUGGGAGAGACAACAUAGAGUUGUCGCAUCUUCAGUUUGCGGAUGAUACUAUUCUGUUCUGUCCACCAGAGGAGGAGACUGUGAAGAAUUACAAGCGGCUUCUACGCUGUUUUGAGCUGAUGUCAGGGCUAAGUAUAAAUUUUGACAAGUCCAGCUUGAUACCAAUCAAUUGUGAGGGGCAAUGGGUUCACCGAAUGUGUAGCUUGUUGGGUUGCAAGGAAGUGCUACCUAAUAGAGGAGGCCCAUGGAAGGACAUUUGCCAGAUCCUUAUCAAGGAGCAACAUGUAAGGGAUAAGAUGAUUACAGGAUUGUCCAUGGAGGAGAUUGUGGAUUUUGGGAUGGAAUACAAUGGAUUUGGAACUUCUAAUGGAGGAGAGAACUUUUUCAGUGGGAGAUGGACCUUCUGGAUAGUUUUUUCGACUAACUCAUUUGUGAAAGUUUUACAGAUGGAAUUACUGCCGGAGGAUAUAUCCAGCUACAAUUUCACUAAGACCAUCUGGAAGGGUGUAGUGCCCCAAAGAGUGGAGCUUUUUACAUGGUUUGCCUUGGUAGGGAGGGUGAAUACUAAGGAUCGACUGAGCCGCUUCGGGAUUAUUAGGCAGGAAGAUACUGUGUGCGUUCUAUGUAACAAUGAUGUGGAAAGGUUUGGCACAUUUGGCUGGAAAGAAAUAGAAGAUUUUUUCGGAAUCAAAGCAAAGGUGUACAGGAAAUUAUCAACAAGACCUCGCUUAGCUGUAACGAGUGGAAAUGUGUGGAUCCCUUCUGUUGUUAAUGGCGCUGCAGCAACGACUUGA